AUGCCUAUUUAAUUUAUAAAAGGUAAAAUUGAGAAUUAAAUUGGUGACGAAGGUGCAUCAGGCUUAGGUUCUGGUUUAGCAAAUUGCAUUAAUCUCUCAAAUUUGACACUUAACCUUCGUUGUAAUAAAAUUGGUGACGAAGGUGCAUCAGGCUUAGGUUCUGGUUUAGCAAAUUGCAUUAAUCUCUCAAAUUUGACACUUAACCUUCGUAGUAAUAAAAUUGGUGACAAAGGUGCAUCAGGCUUAGGUUCAGGUUUAGCAAAUUGCAUUAAUCUCUCAAAUUUGACACUUAACCUUCGUUACAAUUAAAUUGGUGACAAAGGUGCAUCAGGCUUAGGUUCUGGUUUAGCAAAUUGCAUUAAUCUCUCAAAUUUGACACUUAACCUUCAUGGUAAUAAAAUUGGUGACAAAGGUGCAUCAGGCUUAGGUUCUGGUUUAGCAAAUUGCAUUAAUCUCUCAAAUUUGACACUUAACCUUCGGUAAAAACAGUUUAUUUGUUUUGGAUUGUAAUAUUUUGAAUGA